CUUUGCUAUGAUAAAUACAAACAUUACCAGAGACGGUCAUUAUUCAAAUUAUAGAAACCCAAGAGAACACAUCAAGAUAUAUAUAAAUUACUACAUACUACUACCCAGAAAAUUUAUGAUGGAUCCCAGUUUUGCAUUCUGCAGUUACUAUCCUGACAUUUACCAACAGCCAUACACACAUCCAGCUUCAUCACCAUAUAGCACUCAAUAUGCAGCACAGGACAACAUUGACUAUCAGGCAAUCUUCCCCAACAGAUAUACUGAGUCCAGUCAGCUUAUGAAAAGUUCAAAGCGUACGGCCAGUCCUUCAGAUGGCAAAGCCCCUAAGAAGCCCAGAGUAUAUCAACGCUAUCCUAAGCCACCUUAUUCCUACGUGGGUAUGAUCAUCACAGCUAUAGAGACCAGACCAGAUAAAAGCAUCACCUUAUCAGAGCUGACAGCUAGUCUCAAGGUCAUGUUUGAAUUUUUCCGUGGUCCAUACACAGGUUGGAAAGAUUCCAUUCGACACACCCUCUCCAGUAGUCCAUGUUUCAUAAAGACAGAAGAAAAGCGCAAAACCACUUGCUUAUGGAUCGCCGACCUCACCACAGCACCGUCUAAUGUCUUCAAACGUCAAGAUACUAGGGUAAAAGAUGAGAAAGAGUCAUGGGCUCCAACACUACAUGAGCAACUCAACAUACCAGAAAUCGUGUUACCCAGCGCAGAAUGUCGUCUUCUUGCAACAGAUUUCCAUGUUACUUCAUCAGACAUCAAGCCAGUUAUUCACAAGUCACCAGAUUUCAACUUCAGCAUAGACAACAUCCUCACCAACGUCGACCGUCCAACUGUUGAGAAUGACGACGACUCUAGACGACGACUUAGCUUUAGCACUGAUUCACCAGUAUUUACCACCAAGAGUAUUAAACUCCGUCGUAACGCCAAGAAAUCUACUCACAAACAGUUGUCUAAACUUAUCGCCGAGCAGUCUGCCGCAUGGGGUAUAAGCCAAGACCAAGCUAUCGAGAAUCUUAGUUUCCUCUGCAAGAGCAUUCCAUCUGCACUUCAACACUCUAGUGUGUCUUCUGCACCAUCUCCUGUAGCAACAGCUUCGUCACCAGAUAGUUACUACCUGCCAUCCCCAUUGUCAGUAAUAAACUCACCCGACACUGUUACGUCAACAUAUUCACCAGUCACACCUACCUCUCCAUCCAACCAAUCUGUAUCAAGCAACUCAGCAUCUGUAAGUCAGCAUUACCCACAACCAACAUUUACUAUGUUACAAGGACCUUCCUUCUACCAACAUGACACCAGCUAUGCUCCUUCGUCGUUCUACGAACAUCAGAAUCAAGCUACGUUGAAUUUCAGUGACUACCACAAUGCUUACUAUCAACAGUAUACAGACUUCCAUUCUUAUCAUCAGUCACCUACUUACCAUGUCGAUACUAGCAGCCACUCAAUACAGCCACUGAAUCUGUCAUCGACAAGAUCUUCCCCCGUCACAUCGCCAUCAUCAUCUGAUACGUCAUAAACAUUUCCGUGUGUUAAAAAACACUUGUGUUCUGUCAUAGACAAUCAUUAUAUUGGGUUCCAUUAUCUGAAAAAGACUUUGUUAAUUUUAUCAAUUUUGAUAAAUUGUUUCAAUGAUUGACAUUCCUUUAUAGAUUUUAAAGAUAAUAUUGAAUUUGCAUACAUGACUUAGUAUACUAUAAAAUGUAUAUAUUCAAAAAUAGUGCAAUACCAAUAUACUCAUAUGCAUGUACAAUAUUACUAACUCUUACUGAGAAAUACUUAUGAUUUUUUAUGGAAAAGAUAGGAAAAAGUUAUUUAUUUUAAAGAAAAGGAUGUCUAAGUUACAAUUAUGAAAGAGAAAAUACUGAUCUAUGUAAAAGAAAAGUUACUUGUGUCAUAGAAAAAGGGGUUAUAAGUUACAUAGGUAAAAGAAAAAGAGGUUUUAAGUUAUCUAAUAAAAGAAAAAUGAGUUAUAAGUUACUGAUGUUUUAGUAAAAGAAGAUAAAUGCUAUCUAAAACAAAUAGAAGUUUUUAAUCUUUG